CGUCUGCAGUCCGCCGGCCGGGAAGCCAGGAGGUGCGUGACGAAGGAGGCGCGUGACGGAGAAGCGGUUGGCCGACGCUGCGGCGGCAGUCGGCGUAAACAAGGCCUUGCGCCGCUACGGGUCCUGUGACCGCUCCUGGCUGGUGGGUGGUCUCGCGCGGGGCGGCAGCCGCCGGCUUCAGUGGGAGGUGCUUCUCGGCUUCCUCCCUGCCUCCCCCCUUGGCGUACACACCCCCGGCACACCACGUGGGCGUGAGGCUGGAGGAGGGGGUGUUGGGCCGACUGCUAACCUCAUUGGUUGUCACUGGUGCCGGCUUUCGCAAGAGGACGCUCUGAUUGGUUGGACUGGGAAGGGUUUGUGUUCCCGAAGCCUUGGGAGUUGUGACAGGCUAAAGAGAAGGUACCGUCAGUCCCUAGAAAGGGUCAUCCUCCUAGAGAGAGCUACUGCCUAUGUCAGGAGACUCUGGUAUUUCUAGAGCAGGGUUUACUUUCACCAAACCCAAGGAAGUGACAGGAGGAGUUCCUGCACAGGACCUAAGGAUGCUGUGACCAGAAGAUGGGAUCGCGGAACAGCAGCAGCGCAGGAACUGGGUCCGGAGACCCCUCCGACGGCUUGCCCCGAAGAGGGGCUCGCCUGCGUCGGGGUGAGGAAGAGGAAGAGGAGGAUGAAGAUGUGGAUCUGGCCCAGGUACUGGCCUAUCUCCUCCGCAGAGGCCAAGUAAGGUUGGUGCAAGGAGGAGGUGCAGCAAAUUUACAACUCAUCCAGGCCCUCUCAGACUCGGAGGAAGAGCAUGACAGUGCCUGGGAUGGUCGUCUUGGGGACCGAUACAACCCACCCGUGGAUGCAACCCCUGACACCCGGGAGCUGGAAUGCAAUGAGAUCAAGACGCAAGUGGAAUUGGCCACAGGGUGGCUGGGGCUUAAGCGGGCAGCCCAGGAGCACAGCUUUCCUCAAAUGCUGCACCAGAGAGAACGGGGCCUCUGCCACCGGGGAAGCUUCUCCCUUGGAGAAAAGUCUCGAGUGAUGUCUCACUUCUUGCCCAAUGAUCUGGCCUUCACUGAUACGUACUCGCAGAAGGCUUUCUGUGGCAUCUACAGCAAAGAUGGUCAGAUCUUCAUGUCUGCUUGCCAAGACCAGACAAUCCGACUGUAUGACUGCCGGUAUGGCCGCUUUCGUAAAUUCAAGAGCAUCAAGGCCCGGGAUGUCGGCUGGAGUGUCCUGGAUGUGGCCUUCACCCCUGAUGGGAACCACUUCCUAUACUCCAGCUGGUCUGAUUAUAUUCAUAUCUGCAACAUCUACGGGGAAGGAGACACACAUACUGCCCUGGAUCUAAGGCCAGAUGAGCGUCGCUUUGCUGUCUUCUCCAUUGCUGUCUCCUCAGAUGGACGAGAAGUGCUGGGAGGGGCCAAUGACGGAUGCCUGUAUGUCUUUGAUCGAGAACAGAACCGGCGCACCCUUCAGAUUGAGUCCCAUGAAGAUGAUGUAAACGCAGUGGCCUUUGCUGACAUAAGCUCCCAAAUCCUGUUCUCCGGGGGUGAUGAUGCCAUCUGCAAAGUGUGGGAUCGACGCACCAUGCGAGAGGAUGACCCCAAGCCUGUGGGUGCGCUGGCUGGACACCAGGAUGGCAUCACCUUUAUUGACAGCAAGGGUGAUGCCCGGUAUCUCAUCUCUAACUCCAAAGACCAGACCAUCAAGCUCUGGGAUAUCCGACGCUUUUCCAGCCGGGAAGGCAUGGAAGCCUCACGCCAGGCUGCCACACAGCAAAACUGGGACUACCGCUGGCAGCAGGUGCCCAAAAAAGCCUGGCGGAAGCUGAAGCUCCCAGGGGACAGCUCCUUGAUGACAUACCGGGGCCACGGGGUGCUGCACACCCUCAUCCGCUGCCGAUUCUCCCCCACCCACAGCACUGGCCAGCAGUUCAUCUACAGUGGCUGCUCUACUGGCAAAGUGGUCGUGUACAACCUCCUCAGCGGCCACAUUGUGAAGAAGCUGACCAACCACAAGGCCUGUGUGCGUGACGUCAGCUGGCACCCCUUUGAGGAGAAGAUUGUCAGCAGUUCGUGGGAUGGGAGCCUGCGUCUGUGGCAGUACCGUCAGGCUGAGUACUUCCAGGAUGACAUGCCAGAGUCCGAGGAACACCCCAGCACCCCUGCCCCAGUGCCCCACCCCUCUACAGCCUUUUCCUCGCCCCAGUAGACCUGACCUCCAGCCCCAUACAUGAGUGAGCCUCUUGAUAAGCUCUCCGCCUCCUCCUCCCUUUCUCCCUUCUGGGAGAUCUUUGGGAAAUCACUGGCACUGGAUGGGGAGAAACAGAAGCCCAGGCUUCGGGGCCCUAGCUGAGCCCUGGAACAUCCUCCCUGUGGGGCGGAGUGGUCUCCUCAGGCCCUCACACCCAUUCGGCUUGGGUCUCUAUCUCUGGCCAGUUUCUGGCAGGACUGCCAGUAUCUGGGGUGUCACCUUUGUCAGCAGGAGAACUGUCCUGCGUGUUUUUAAUCAUGUGUGGAUGUUAAGUGUUAGCUCCUAGAGUAGGUGCCUGGGGCCAGAUCUGAACUGAGCUGUCAGCUGGGGCCCAUUGCCUGGGCCUUCACGUUGAGGAUUAGAUGGGCCAAUCAGAGGGCCAGGCGUGCUGGCCUUUCUUCCAGAGGUCCUGAUGGCUGGACCUCUAGCCCUUUAGGGGAGGGUGGGAUGGGUAAGGCAUGUCCUUGGCACCCUCCUGGGACGGGAAUUGUGUCUUCUCUCUCUAUGUCUGGGUCUUUGGGGUAGGACAGGCUGUGGUGUGAGAGGCUCUGUGUGGCCCCACACAGGGCAGGCCGUCCCCUCCCAGUGUGUCCGUCGUGCCGGAGGCCAGCAGCUUCAAGGAGGGGUGUUGAAAUAGGACUCCUUUGUCCUCUCACUAGUUUUGGCUCCCUCAAUAAACUCUCUGUGGGAACCAGCUCA